UUGCUGCUGCUGUGCAGUGAUGGCAGCUGCACUGCCCAAACCCCAGAGAAAGGGCAAAACACCUAUAGACUCCAUGUUUUUUUAUAUAAAUUAUUUGAAGUAAGAUAUAAAAUGGCCUUCCCACUACUGCAGUAGUUUACUUGCUGUGUCAGCAACGUGUCUGAAAGACCAGGCAUGUGCCGUAACCUCUAUUUCAAAGGUCACAGUGCUACUGCUCCAGGCGUCCAAAAAACCACAGCCUGAGCCAGCGUAUCAGCAUCAUGGCUGGUCUGAAGAUUUGGUCUGUUUUGAUGGUUAUACUGUACAGUUUCUGUCAAAGAUGUAUUUCAAGUGGAAUCUCAACGCAUGUUGAAAUAGCACAUAGAGCUCUGGAAUUUUUCAUUUCGCGUGAAGGGAAUGUUAAUUACAGACAGUUGUUACUAAACCACCAAGAUGCAUUUCAGGCUGGAAGCAUUUAUCCUGAUGCCUUUUAUCCUUCAAUCUGCAAAAAUGGAAUAUUCCAUGAUGUGUCUGAAGACACUCACUGGUCACCAUUCCUUAACGCAAGCAUUCACUACAUCAGAAGGAAUUAUCCUCAGCCUUGGGAAGAGGCUACAGAGAAGCUGGUAGCUUUCCUGUUUGGAAUUGCCUCACAUAUGGUGGCAGAUGUUAGCUGGCAUAGCCUGGGCAUCGACCAAGGAUUUCUAAAAGCCAUGGGAGAAAUUGAUUUUCAUGGUUCAUAUUCAGAAGCUCACAGUGUUGGUGAUUUUGGAGGAGAUGUACUAAGUCAGUUUGAGCUGGACUUUAGUUAUCUGGCAUCAAAUUGGUAUGUGCCGGUCAAAGACCUAGCCUCUAUCUAUCAGGAAUUUUAUGGAAGAGAGAUCAUAACUGAAGGCACAAUUACUGACUGUACUUACCUGCUGUUUCUUGAACUACAUGGAGAAAGACUUGCUGUUGCAAAGCUUUUUCCAAGAUAUGCUAGUAAAUCUCCAUUUCUCGUGGAGAAGUUCCAUGAGUAUUUCCUUGGAGGAGUGGAUGACAUGGCAUUCUGGACAAACAAUAUUUUUGAGCUGACGAGCCAAAUGCUAGAGAAUGGAACCAGUGGCUGCUUCCUGCCUGAGAAUCCUCUGUUUAUAAACUGCACGAGGGAGCACAAGGACAGCUACAUAGACAAGCAAUCAAAAAAUGAACAUCACAAGAACACAACCUCUUUGCUUCCAAAUACUCUUGAAAAGAAAAUAAAGUAUACAGAGAGAGGAGUUCACUUUGAUAUACAAUCUUGGGCAACAAAUUCCCUCCAAUACAUAAACCGUGCUUUUGCAAAAAAUGUCUGGAGAGUGUUAGCAUCUACACAUCAAGAAUCCUCUAAGUACAUCUCCAAGCCAGCAGCUUCAUAUUUUCUUACUUCACCAUAUGCUAGACUUGGAUGGGCAAUGAUUUCAGCUGACCUAAACCAGGAUGGAUAUGAAGAUCUGGUGGCUGGAGCACCAGGGUACAGCACACUGGGCCAUAUUCAGAUAGGACGGGUGUACAUAGUCUAUGGCAAUCACUCAGGUUUGCCACCAGAGGACAUGGAUCUAGAUGGGAAAGCAGACAAAGUACUGGAGGGUCAUCAGCCUUCAGGCAGAUUUGGUUCUGCCUUGGCAGUCCUGGACUUUAAUGAGGAUGGAGUGCUAGAUCUGGCAAUUGGAGCACCUUCUGUGGGAUCUCAGUUUCUCACUUACAAAGGUGCUGUGUACGUCUAUUUUGGAUCUAAGGGAAGAGGCUUGCCAUCUCAGCCAAAUGUUACCAUAACUUGUCAGUAUUCCUACUGUAAUCUUGGUUGGUCCCUCCUGGCAGCUGACACUGAUGGGGAUGGAAAUGCUGAUCUGGUUGUUGGCUCUCCGUAUGCACCUGGUAGUGGGCAGCAGAGAGGAUUUGUGGCUGCAUUUCACUCUCACUUCAACAGGAGUGACCAAGGACUUCUGUCUGUAGAGGAUGCUGACUGGAUGGUGAAGGGGGAAGAAAACUAUGCUUGGUUUGGAUUUUCACUUGACAGCUGCCAAGUGGAGAAUAUAACAUUACUGCUGAUUGGUAGCCCUACAUGGAAGAGCUGUGUUGGCUGCAAUCCCUUCUCAUCGGAUGUCAGGCAGAGUGUUGGGAAGGUGUAUGGAUAUAACCCACCAAGCACAAAGUACUGGUUUGCAGUAGCUGGAGACAAGGCAAUGGGCAGAAUGGGUUUGUCUCUGGCUAGUGGUGUGAUGUCCGUGACUGGAAUCAACAGAAAAGUUUUGGUGGUGGGUGCACCUACUACAGACAGCCUCUCUAGGAUUUCAUUUAUAUCCUCCGUGCUGCACCAAGCAGGAGUAGCUCUGGUGUAUGAUCUGACAGACAGCACCAAGCCUUCUUUGCUCAGCACAUUCAGUGGGGACAGGAGGUUUUCUCGCUUUGGAGGAGAUAUAUGCUUAAGUGACCUGGAUAAUGACGGACUAGAUGAAAUGAUUGUGACAUCCCCACUGCGAACUAAUGAUAUCACCACAGUACUGUUCGGUGGGGCAGCUGGCCGUGUUUACAUUUACAACGGAAAGCAGGCAUCCUCAGGGAACAUGACAGGCCACUGCAAAUCAUGGAUAUCUCCCUGUCCUGAGGACUGGGCACAGUAUGUGCUGAUUUCUCCUGAGGAACAGUCAAGAUUUGGGAGUUCUGUCAUCACUGUGAAGUCUGAAAGAAAGAAAGAAGUUGUAGUGGCAGCAGAGAGAAGUUCAGCAAAAGCUCGACUUGGUGGAAGGCUUUUUGUCUACUCACUCUGAAUGGUCAUGGUAACCUUUAAGACCAGGGCAAAAGUGGUGUUUUAGUGAAGAAUCUCUGUGGUAUCUGUGAUACUUUCCCUUAACCGAUACAAACCAACAGGAACACAUGACAGCAAACUUCAGUAGAUACACAGCCUAGAUAGGUAGGGUCCCAGAUAGUAUCUGGGGAGUGAGGGAUGGUCACUGUUUUUAAGUGAUGCUGAAUUGUUGCAGCUGAAUUACUAAAACAAGUUCUUGUUGUGAAGUUAAACAAAAGAUCUAUUAAUCAAUGUUUAACAGCACUCAAGCGCUCUACUACUUAGUACACACCUAAUAAUUAAACUAGCUUGAUGUACUCAAAAUGUCACUUAAGCUUGAUGUAUAUAAAUAUUGAAUGCAUAUAGAAGUGUUGCUUACCUCGCUGUAAACAUCAAACGCCAGGCAAGGGAUCUCUCCAAACCUCUAGCAAUAACUUUGAGAGGCAUCCCUGCUGAAGGGGAGAUCACUGCUGCAGCCUGCUGCUGUGCAGAGCACAAUGGGCUGUAGUGCUUGCAAAUAUUCAUAGCAUAAAGUUGUUGACUUUUAGUCAAAAUUCUUCCUUACAGUCAUGUAAUACAGGCAGUUUUUUCUCUUUCAUAUUCAUAGUUUCUCAACUAUACUGGCUCUGCAUAGGAAUUCAGGUCCUUGACUGUACGAUUUUACAUUUGCAUCCAAUUAGGCCUGUUCACUAGCCAUGCCUGAGCCAGCGUGCCACCAGCAUAAAAUAGAGGGAGUGCAACCAUCACAGGAAUGUAACCAUCAUGGUGGUUUGACUUACAAAACAACCAGAGCUAAGUCAGUCAUGCAAAUGGAUAAAUUAACUCUGUUGUGAGUGGUAGCAACACUUGACCUAGUAAGCAAGCUGGUCUGAAAACUUUUUGGAGACUUGAAAUGAGAAGGCUAGAUUAUGGUGGCCAUAUUUGGCUGUAUAAAUUAUGUUGAGGGGUUGUGUCAGCUUCAGCUCUAAUUAUCAGGUCACCUUCUUUACUGAUCAGGUGUGAAUAUUUCCUUGACAAAAUCAAGAUGGAAUCACACGUAAUUUACAUUCCUAGUAUACUGUGAUACUGACAGGGAUUCUAAGACAUCAGAAGUUGCUGUCAAAAUAGGAAGCAUGGAGGAAGGGCAGCUCUAAACCAGACAGAACAGGUAGAUGCCAAUAAGGAUGGUCUCUGUUGCUACCAAGGCUCGAGGCCCACAUUGAGGACGUAGAACAGCUGGGUUCUCCCAGGGAGAAGAGCACAAGCGAAAGUGAUUAAAUUGUAGGAAAUACUUUUGCUUUUCCACUCAUGGCUGAGACUACUCUGAUACCCUUUUUAUGUUUUUAUGUGAAAUUCCAUAACCAUGGUAACUUAGAAUUGUGCUUUUAUUGCUACCAGUAUUGAAUUCAGCUAACUCACACUAAUAUUGUAUGAUACAUGUUAACAGUGUGCAUCAGUAUCUAUUAAAAAACUUGAGCAGCGAAAUGUGAUGCUCUUAUUAUCAACACUAAUACACAGACGCGUAUGUAUCUGCAUUUCAUCUUUCUUGCCUCCAUCACAAACAUAAGGCAUUACUUUUAUUUUAAAUAACACAAGUCAGUGGAAUAACACAGAUUUCUAAAUGCCAUACUCCAAGGAUAAUACAUCUCAACUUACCUUGUUAAGAAUUCUCUCUCAGGAAGGUUGUCUUUAAAAAAAGAUGACAAGGUAAACAUUAGCUUGAUGUGUUCUGCCAUCUAUUUUGGGGACCUAACUUGCCCAGAUAAUAGAAAAAAUAACCACGCAGCUAUUACUUAGAAAUCUGAACUUUAUGAAAGUGGUAACCAGAUGGAACUGUACUUACCUUGCAAAUCUAUGAAUAGUGGUAUGAGGCAAAACAAGCAGUGCAUUUUUAAGGGCAAAAAAAAAAAGUUUUCUUUUUUUAAACUAAAAUUGCUGAUACUAGUAUGUUCUGGAACAAUUCUAUUCUUAACAUACAGUCUCCACUAGCUUUGUUUUUUCUAUGUAUGAUCUCCGGGUAAUUUUGUUGCACGUUAACUCAUUUAGUUACUCAAAUUGUAUGAAAACCUUUAGAAGUUUGUAUAGGUCUGUAAAAUGAAAGGCAGUCUUGUACCAGAACUGUCUUUCUCUCAGUGCUUUUAUUCUGCUUUAAGUCACUUACGUACAGGAAAAGGAGGCAAUAUGCUAUGCAGAGGCCUCACUGUACAGAGGAAAGAGCUUGGAAAGCAUACCUGAAAGAUUCCCAAACCGCUGUACCAACACAUUUGAGUUCUGGCCUAAUGCAACUAUUACUUGCUUGAAAAUAUCACAUCCGUAUCCCUUCACUCACUACACUUUCUUGGAGUUUAUCAGCAAUGGUAUGAGAGCCACUGUUUUUUCUGCUAGGUUGCUCAGUUUAGGAGCUGUACUGUUGGUUUGUUUUUUUUUAAACAUCUCUACCUGUUACAAAUAAAGGCUGCAAAAAUGUUCACCUACAAACUUAAAAGCAUUACAAAGCCCAUUAAUUUUCUCACCUUUUCAUGCCUUUUAUAUCUGUAGUUGAAGUCUCAUACAGAGCAAGAGCAACUGUUUGAAAAUAAUUUAGUACAACUGACUUAAACCAUACUAAGAUCACAGGCCUGCAUAAUACUGAUUUUUGUACUCUUUCAUUUCCAUUCUGGACUUGUUUUGAGUUCACAGCUACGGUUGUCUUUUCAAUCCCUGCAAGUAUAGUCAUUUGUCUGGUGGCAACCAAGGAGCUACUCACUGUAUGUUACUGAGGUUAAAAAAGCCCAAACAAAAAACUAGACGGUGACCUGAUCUGGAAGGCUUUCAUACUCUCUUUACAGACUGAGAGAAGCCAGUAGAGAAUUAUGCCCUGAGAGUUCAGAGGUAAGUCGUAAGGACAAACACAAAUAGUGGCCAUAAAGAUUUUACUUCUUCCUCCAGUCCAUUACAAGACCCAAGGCUUGCACACCCUUCAACUAACUUAGCUACUUACUGAGGUGGAGUAUAGUCCAUGCUUUCUCUUGCCUUCUCAGAAAGAAGUUGGGUUCUGCUUUCUCUCUUUUAAGAGAAACUAACAACUGGUCUGAUGAUGUUCAUCAGGGUAUGAAUCAGUCCUUAUGACAUAAGGAAUUGUUAAACUGCAGCUAUGUUAAUGCAUAUUGAAAUAGUGGCAGAUGGCAGGCACAAGCGUGCAUUGUCAAUGGACCUGCUUUUCCAGCUAUUAAAACCGCAUACAGUUUGGGCUUAAAUUAAUUGUUAUGGAAUACCCAAAAUAAGUAGCCAAGUUUCAAAGCUCACUUAAAAUAAGAAAAAAAAGUAUUAUUUUUGGUUACUGUCAAUUUUGAAGUAGUGCUUCACAAGGGAUGCAGGUAUACUUUUUGCUUAGGAAAAUUAAUCCUCUGCAAUUAAGUAGGGCUUUAAAAAAGGAAAAACAUAGAAAGGGCGCUUUUGGGGUAGAUUUUUUCUUUGAUAAUUGAAGGCAGGUUGCUAAACCUGCAGUUCAGAAUGAGAAUUACUGAUGAAUGCUGACUGCUGUCAUCCUUUAAGCUGAGAAUGCUGCUCUUUAGAAAGACCAUUAUGUGAGUUAAGU